AAAACUUUGAUGAAUCGGUGAAUUGGAUUUUUGAUUUGUUUUGCUCAUUUAUUGAUUGAUGUUUUUUACUUGUAAAUAACAAUAAUUGAUUGUUUUUUUUCUAAAUUAACAGGAAUGAUUGGAAAUGUGAAACUUAACAUUACCAAUUAGUGAUAUAGAAAAACAUUGAAUUACCUUAAUAAAAAUGGGAACAACAGAUCAAUCAAAAUUAAUGUUUUCAAUUGGCCUUAGUGGCGAUAGUUUGGAUUCAUCAUCUGAAGAUGAUGUUAUACCAAUGCAAUCACGAAAAAAGAAAAGAAGUUUUACACGAAAAAAUCGUAAUAAUUCUAGAUUAGGAUCAUCAUCAUCAUCAUUUUUAAAAAGCAACUAUUCAUAUGGCCUAUGUACAUUAUUUAAAUUUGUAUUUGUUGUUAUGAUAAUCAUAUCGGUCAUUAUUGGAACAGUUGUCAUGUAUAGUCUAUCCAAACGAAUGGAUUCUCUUCAACUUUCCAUUAGCGGAGUUCAAUCAGCUAACAAAGAUCUACCAGAUGAUUUACAUUCAUUACAUUCGAAAUAUAAAUCUUUAGAACAAGAAUCGACCAAUUUAAAAAUUAAUCUGAAUAAUGUUAUUAUGAGUACAUCGAAUCUAACACAACAAACUGCACAACUUCAACAGAAGCUCAAUCAAUUGGAUUUGCCAACCGAUGUUGAACAAUUAAGAAAGAUGAUUGCCGAUAUGAAUAAUGAAUCGAAACUUUGGCAAAAAAAUCUGGAAUUAAGAAUGAAUGCAUUGGAAAGCAGAUUACAGUUAUUGGAACAAAACCUAUCCGUAAUAUCAAGCAGCAACAACAACAAUAACCAGUCGGCAUGGAAUCAGAAAAUCGAACAAAUGAUCACUGUGAUAGACAAUCAAAUAGAACAAAUGAAUGAAACAUUUGCCAAUCUAACUAAACCUUCUUCUGUUGCCACUUCGGAAUCAUUGGAUCGAAAAAAACUGGUGCUUGUUGGAAAUCAGACUGAAUCUGAUAAUGUUAAUCAUUAGUUUUGUCUAGUCGUUGUUAUUGAUCGUUUUUUUUAUUAUUAUU